ACAGGCAAAAUGAGCCAGGAAGAGGUUUUAGGCAAGCUGAAGAAAGAUCUUCGCUCCUUGCUCAUUUCAUCCAAGAUGGGUUUGAACCCCGAGCGGCUCAGACGAGACUACAUGGAAAUGUUGGGGCAUCCGAUGCCUCUGAAACUCCUGGGCUUCAGGGACAUUAUGGAUAUGAUUUAUAACAUGCCUGAUGUAGUGUCUGUUCACCAAGGGCCGGACGGCCACCCAAUCCUGAAAGCUGUGAGUGACGAGUCCACCCGCAACAUCGAGGAGUUGGUGGCCAGGCAGAAAACGGCUGUCAAAAAGACCGGGAAGGGACGUUACAACAGUUUUCCUCACCGACAUUAUGGAUUACCCCACGUGGUUCUCCCUAGGAGAGGUAACGCUCCCCCUGCUCUUCAUGCCCAGCUGAGAGCACAACUGCGCAUCCUGCUAUCUCAGGGUCCAGUUAGGCUGUCCGACCUGGAGGCCAGUUACAUGCGCUGCUUUGGCUACAUGCUGCGUGUCCACAAUUAUGGCUUCUUCUCCACUGGAGAGAUGCUGAAAGCAGCAGAGGACCUGGUGGUCAUCCAGCAAAGCAGGCUAGGCUCAGUUUUGAUCCUGAGGGAACACCUGGUACCCGCUCUGAUUCAGACACCGUUUGUCCCAGGAUUGAGGACCGGACCAAUCAAGCCAGCUUCCAUACAGUCAUACGACAAAGUUCUGGUCCCAGCCAAUUAUCAAGGUGUGUCCGCUGCUGAAGUUCCUGUGCAGCAGAGUCCACUGAAUCCCCCAAGUGAGACCACAUUGGAUGCUGUCCGUAAAGAACCAACAGUCCAGUCAGGGACGGUUGAACAAACCGAUGAGAUCAAACCAGUGGCAAGCCAAGAGAGUCAGCGCUUUCAAAAAUGUGUCCGCCAGCUGGAGGAGCAGCUUCAUCAGCAAAUCCUGGAGAAUGGAGUUGCUGGCACUGUUAGUCAGGAGCUGAAGGACAAGCUGCGUAAGGUUGUGGGUCAGAAGACAGGUGGAUUAUCAAUUCAUGAUCUACCAGCCGAAUACAAGAAAGUUUUUGGGGAAGAAUUGCCGUUAUGGAAGAGUGGCUUUGUCAGUGUCACUGAACUUGUUGACGCCCUCAAAGAUACUUUCCACCUCCAGCCAGCAGAGGAUGACAGUGAACAUCACUGGAGAGUAGUUCUCUUGGAGGACGGUGACCACGCACAAGCAGUUAACAGCUACUAUCUGAACUCUGGAGAUUCGCUUUGGGAAGGAAAACUGGAAGGAGAUGAGGAAAAUAUCACAGCAGACACGGAUACCAGCCUGGAGAGCACAAGCUUUUCUGAGACCAAAGACAUGGUUGGACAACGCAGCCCUACGUUGGCUCCGGAUGCCCUGCAUAAUCAGCGCCUGAAACCCCCCUCACGUUACAGCCCUCGACAGCUGGUGGAGGUCUGGGUGGAGUCCAUAGAGUCACCUGGACAUUUCUACAUCCGUUUCAGUGAGAGUGAGGAGGCUCGAGCCAUGGAAGGCAUGAUGAUUGAGAUGAGACGAUGUUACGCGUGUCCUGAGGUGUCGGACCGAUACCGUCUUCCUGAGGCUUUUAUCCGACGGGGUCAGGUCUGCUGUGUGUCCCCCAAAGGGAUGUGGUUCUACAGGGUGGUGAUCCACCAGCUUAUCAGCCCCACUCAGGUUGAGGUGUACUAUGUUGAUUUCGGCAAUAUGACAGUGGUCCAGAGCUCCAGCCUCAAGUUCCUCAAGUCAAGUUAUUCAGUUCUUCCAGCACAAGCUGUUCCAGCAUCACUUGCUGGAAUUAAACCCAGCUCAGGGAGCUGGACGACGGAGGCCACGGCUUCUUUUGAGUCAUUUUGCUCUAAUCGCACCCUGGUGGGUGCUCUGGACUCCUACAACGGAGAUGUUCUGCAGCUCUACCUCUGUGACACACACACUGAAGAGGAUGUCUAUAUCCAUAACGUUCUACUGAGCCAAGGUCACGGGACAGCCUGCAGCCCUGCAGCCAGCGGAGCACUAUGUGUUCAGGACACUCCAGUGAGUCUCUACUUGGGGGAGGGAAUGGUCGAUUUACCAGAGUUGGAUUACGAGCUGAUCGCUUCCAUCGAGUCAGUUGACAGAUCUGAACAGUCCAUCCUGUCAUCACCGAAGGUAGUGUGA